CUGGUCAAACACCUGGUACAAUACCUGGUCAAAGGACUGAUCAAAAGCCCGGUCAAACACCUUGUCAAAGGCCUGGUCAAACACCUGGUACAUAAUCUGGUCAAUGGACUGGUCAAACACCUAGUCAAAAGCCUGGUCAAACACCUGGUCAAAGGACUGGUCAAAAGCCUGGUCAAACACCUGGUCAAAGGCCUGGUCAAAUACCUGGUACAAUACCUGGUCAAACACUUGGUCAAAGGCCUGGUCAAACACCUGGUACAAUACCUGGUUAAAGGCCUGGUCAGACACCUUGUCAAAGGGCUGGUCCAAGGCCUGAUUAGACACCUGGUCGAACACCUGGUACAAUACCUGGUCAAAGGACUGGUCAAAUACCUGGUCAAAGGCCUGGUCAAUCAUCUAGUCAAACACCUGGUCAGACACCCGGUCAAACACCUGGUACAAUACCUGGUCAAAGUCCUGGUCAAUCACCUGGUCAGAGGCCUGUUUAAAGACCUGGUUAAACACCUGGUCAAACGCCUGGUCAAAGUCCUGUUAACCCUAAACCAUGCCCCCCCCCCGUGUGCGUCUCCUCCCCAGGUGCCCAGUCAGUGUGUGGAGAGCCAGCCCUACACCAGCCCCCCCGUCUACAGUCCCGGCAAGCAGGGCGCCAAAACCAAGACCUGCAGCUCCGCCAGCGGCGUGCCGGAGCUGGGCGACUUCGAGAAGGUCAUCAUCCCAAAACAGCCGAGGGUCAGCAAAAAGACCGCGGAUGGAGCAGCAGCAGAGCAACUGAAGGCAAAAGGCCAGAAGCUGAAGUGUAAUUUCUGCGACAAGGUCUUCUCCAAAAACUUCGAUCUCCAGCAGCACAUCCGCAGCCACACCGGAGAGAAGCCCUUCCAGUGUAUCGUCUGCGGCCGAGCCUUCGCCCAAAAGUCCAACGUGAAGAAGCACAUGCAGACUCACAAGGUCCGGUCGCUGAACCCCCUCCUUUGUCCUCAGAACGUGGCGAGUUCACUGACCCCCAGCGCUCACGGCAGAAACUCUGUGUCCCCCGUUAAGGUUUGGCCCAUGAACGUGGCCAGCACGGUGUCCCGGCUGCCAAUCACCGUCAAGGUGGUGCCUCUGGCGUCCAGCCAGGAGGAGGAUGAGGAGGAAGAGGAGGAGGAAGAGGGGGGCGGGAAGCAGCAGGAGGGGCCGCCGGCCCGAUCCGAGCAGGACUCCCCCCCAGCAGCGACGGGCCGAGGAGAAGAGGCGGGGGGCGGAACCCCCCGGGCCCGGAUGCAGGCGCAGGCCCCGGCCAAUCAGAAGCAGGCGGGCGGGGCCGAGGGCCGACAGAUGGUGGUGAUAGACAGCUCCUACCAGUGCCAGUUCUGCGCCAGCAAGUUCAAGACCUACUUCCAGCUCAAGUCCCACCUCACGCAGCACAAAGGGGAGCAGGUCUAUAAGUGCGUGCUGAAGUCCUGCUCGCAGACCUUCCAGAAGCUGGACCAGUUCCUGGAGCACAUCCGGACGCACCAGGAGCAGCUGACCUACCGCUGCCACCUGUGCAGCAAGGUGUUCCCCUCCCUGUUCGAGCUGGGAGUCCACCAGUACUCCCACUGCUUCUGCCCGCAGCAGAACACACGCAAGGAGACCACCGUCUACAGGCCUGUAUUUGACCAGAGCCCGCCCAAACCUGGGACCACAAGUCCACGUCGCACCCGGGACCACAAGUCCAGGACACACCUGGUUAAAGGCCUGGUCAAAGGCCUGGUCAAACACCUGGUCAAAGGCCUGGUCAAACACCUGGUCAAACACCUGGUUAAAGGCCUGUCUUUGACCAGAGCCCGCCCAAACCUGCCGAUCGGCUCAGAGGAUCCCAUCCCUCCUGAUUUCAUUCAGGAAAAGAGGUGCGUGAAGUGUCAGAGCAGAUAUUCGACUCAGGAGGCCCUGGAGCAGCAUCUUCUGACGGCUUCACACAGCUUUCCCUGCCCUCACUGCCAAAAGGUUUUCCCGUGCGAGAGAUAUUUCCGCCGCCACCUCCCCACCCACGGCGUGGGCGGCAGGUUCAAGUGUCAGAUCUGCAAGAAGGCCUUCAAGACGGAGCACUACCUCAAGCUGCACAUGCGCAUCCACUCAGGUCCGGCCCGGGUACCUCGCGAGUUCAACCGGCCGGACAAACUGAAGGCGCACAUCCUGUCUCAUUCAGGCAUCAAGCCCUACAAGUGUCUGUUUUGCCAGAAGACGUUCAGCCGCAGGGCCCACAUGCUGGAGCACCAGCAGUCCCACACCGACAACUACCGCUUCCGGUGCUCCGCCUGCAACAAGGGCUUCACCCGCCAGAGCUACUACCGGGACCACAAGUGCCCCGCGGCCGGGGGGGGGCCGGGGGCCGAGGGGGACGAGGAAGAGCAGGAGGAGGAGGAGGAGGAGGAGGAGGAGCCCACGGCCGAGGAGAAGGAUGGAGACCGGCUGAAAAGGCCGGGGAACGCAGAGGAGGAGGAGGAGGAGGAGGAAGAAGAGGACAGCCGACAGGGGGAGGCGCCAAGUGGGGAGGAAGAGGACGAGAGGGGGGCCGACGGGGGGGGUCAGGCCGCCAUCAGCGCUGCCGAAGGGCGGGGGGGCGGGGAGGGGGGGGAGGAGGCUCACGGAGGAGCGGAGGCGGGGAUUCAGAAGAACCAGCAGAACGGUUUGCAGCGGCCAUGUUUAUAG